UGUCAAGGGGAGGUAUCGCGGGAAAGUUCAGGACCGCCACCGCCAGGACUGCCGAGGGACAGCGGUGUCCUGGUCCGGAGGCAGCUCUGGCUGCGGGGGUGCCGCGGCCCUUGCGGCCCCGUGGCGCUGGGCUGGCUUCCGCAGCAGCCUGCUUCCUUCUAGUCCUGCCCCGAUCGGCCUGGGGCUGCCCCGGCGCCCUGCCUCUCGGCCUCGCCGCGCCUGCGUUGCGGACCCGCGAAAGCAGGUGUGGCUGCGUCUGGCGCGCAGCUCCGGCCAGCCAGGUGCUCAGCCCGUCUCCCGAGGCGGGGGAGGGCGGGGCCGGCGGGAGGGCUGCGGCGUGGGCUUGCUGCCCGCAGUCCUCGUCUUCCCGGGCCCCGCCGGAUGCAGGGCGGGCUUUCUCGGCCGGGGAGGAACCCCCGGUACAGCCGUCCCGCCUCGGCUGCCGCUUCUGCCUGGCUUUCUAGCCCCGGGUGAGACUGGGUCAUUGGUGCCAGCUGAUAUCGAUUCCUUUCUGGUGGGAAGUUGAGCAAGUUUUUUUAAAGAUUGCCAGAACAAAGGGGAUGGAGGCUUUGUUGGAAGGAAUUCAAAAUCGGAGACGUGAUGAGGAAUUUUUGACAUCCUGUGAGGCAGAACUACAGGAGCUCAUGAAACAGAUUGACAUAAUGGUGGCUCAUAAAAAGUCUGAAUGGGAAGGGCAGACGCAUGCUCUGGAAGCUUGCUUGGAUAUCCGUGAAUGGGAACUUAAAACUCUCAGGAGUCAGUUGGAUAUGAAUCACAAAGAGAUUGGAAUAUUGCAUCAGCAGGCAGAAGAACAUGAAAAAGUCAAGCAAGAGAUGGCCAUGGAGUAUAAGCAGGAGUUAAAGAAACUACAUGAAGAAUUAGGCAGACUGAAGAGAAGCUAUGAAAAGCUACAGAAAAAGCACAUAAGAGACUUCAGAGGAAAUGUCAAAAAUCACAGGGAAGAUCGGUCUGAAAUUGAGAGGUUAACUGGAAAAAUAGAGGAAUUUCGUCAGAAAUCACUGGACUGGGAGAAGCAACGCUUGAUUUAUCAGCAACAGGUGUCAUCUCUGGAGGCACAAAGGAAGGCUCUGGCUGAACAAUCAGAGAUAAUUCAGGCUCAGCUUGCCAAUCGCAAACAGAAAUUAGAGUCUGUGGAACUGUCAAGCCAGUCCGAAAUUCAGCAUCUAAGCCAUAAGCUGGAGCGGGCCAAUGAUACUAUCUGUGCCAAUGAGUUGGAGAUAGAGCGCCUCACCAUGAGGGUCAAUGACUUGGUUGGAACUAAUAUGACUGUUAUGCAAGAACAGCAGCAAAAAGAAGAAAAAUUGAGGGAAUCUGAAAAACUUUUAGAGGUUUUGCAAGAAGAAAAGAGAAAAUUGAAGGCAGCUCUUCAGUCACAAGAAAAUUUUCAGGAGGCAAGAAUGCAAAAGAAAAAGCUACAAGCAAAAUUAAAGACAACUGAGUUUCAGCACACAGUAGAGGCCAUAAGGUCACUGGAGGAGCCUCAGGCAGAAAGAAGGUACACCUGUCAAGCGCAGGAGGAAUCAGACAAUGUGCUUUCCCACCUGGAUUUGACCCACAAUAGUGAAGAACUUCUGCAAGCAGAGGUGACUCGUCUGGAAAGCAGCUUGGAGUCUGUAAGUGCAACAUGUAAGCAGCUGAGCCAAGAACUAAUGGAAAAAUAUGAAGAAUUGAAGAAAAUGGAAGUACAUAACAAUGAGUACAGGACAGAGAUUAAGAAGCUGAAAGAACAGAUUUUACAGGCUGAACAAAGUUACAGUUCUGUACUAGAAGGAAUGAAGAUGGAAAUCUCCCAGCUAACUUGGGAGUUACAUCAGCGAGAUAUUAUGAUUGCUUCUGCCGAAAGUUCUUCCUCUGACAUGGAAAAGAGACUCAAAGCAGAGAUACAAAAGGCAGAAGAAAAAGCAGUAGAACAUAAGGAGGUUUUGGAUCAGAUGGAGUCACUCAAGUUAGAAAAUCGUCAUCUUUCUGAAAUAGUGAUGAAAUUGGAAUUAGGUUUACAUGAGGCAAAAGAGGUUUCACUAGCAGACCUCCAGGAAAAUUAUACUGAGGCAUUAAAUAAAUUAGUGUCUGAAAAUCAACAACUGCAGAAAGAUUUGAUGGAUACCAAAUCUAAGCUGGAGGUUUCUACUCAGACAGGCAAAGAAAACCAUGACAGGAUCUUUAGACGGACACACAGCAGAGCACCUGAGUUCAAGAAUACAGAGUUGAAGCCAGCCCAUGGCCAGCACAGACCUGAUGGACUAAAGACUGAGCACUGCAGAACAGGUCUUCAUUCUCCAGGAGAAAAAGCGUCGGAUAGUAUAGAGCCCAUAUCCAGGGACCUCAGUCCCCAGAGUCCUCACACCAGCCCUGACAGCUCCACCGUCUCUUUGCCUUCCAACUUUCUGUGUGACACUCACUCUUUGUCUUCAGUGCUAGAUACAAAUGAAGCCAAUUUUUCUGACACUGUCUCUGAGAGUAUAAAUGACCAAGAAGAGUUUAUGUCUUCGUGUCCCUUGCCUGUAUCUCCUCUUGGUUCAAUCGCUGCAAGAUUUUUGGAAGAGGAGGAACUGAGGUCUCAUCAUAUUCUAGAGCGCCUGGAUGCCCAUAUUGAGGAACUAAAAAGAGAGAGUGAAAAGACAGUAAAACAGUUUACUGUCUUGAAGUAGCCACUUUUUAAAAAAUCACAAACUGGGAAAUAAAAAUAGGCCCCAAAGAGUUACUGUCUUCUGAAGUAGCAGCUAUCCAAGAGCAUGAACAUAUAAAAACCAUAAAGAUGAGACAUACUAAAAGUUGUGAAGAAAUCUGAAAAACUGAUACUUCUCUAAGGUAUUUUCAGUGCACUGGUUUGUUUGACGGACUUUUCCCAGCAAUAACUUGUAAGAAUAAACCACCUUGCUAGA